UAUCAAGUGUUUUUCAAGUUCUCAUUUAUUUGUUUGUGUGUGUUUUGAAGCUGUAUUUAAAACUGUUAAAAUGGCAGAUAACUCUCAGAAGAUGAGCUACCAUGCUGGAGAGGCCAAGGGCCAAACUCAGGAGAAGAUGAGCAAUAUGAUGGAUAAGGCAAGUGAUGCAGCUCAAUCAGCUAAAGAAUCAGUACAAGAGACUGGACAACAAAUGAUGGCUAAGGCUCAAGGAGCUGCUGAUGCUGUUAAGGAUGCUGUCAACAAAUGAUGAUCAUUUCUAUAUCUUCUUUUUUUUAUUUCUUCAUCUAUUUAAUGUAUUUUUCCAAGCCUUUCUCUUUGUAAAAGGGAGAGAAUAAAUGAGUUUUUGGAAUUUCAGUGUUACAAAUGGGUGUUUUUUCUUGUAGUGAAUGAUAUAUAAUAAUAGC